AUGACCAAGUGGGGGACACUACGAAACAGCAUUAUAUGGCCAAGCGAGUUCGCUUACGCCGUGGAGAACGCGGGGCAGGGCAACAAAUUCGGACACAGCUAUGUGGUCAAAUAUAAUGGGAACGUUGUUCACAGCAGAUUCAAGAAAGGGUUAAAUCGUGUGAGCAAAUUGAUGAAGGUGACACAACGGGUGUGUGAAAAAAUGGAGCAGCAAAACUACGGGCAGGACGUGGACGCGUUGGAGGCAGACAACCUCGGGGUUCACACGGGUGGGGACAGCGCGGACCAAAUUAACGAGGCUAAUCAAAUCCUCUUGCGGUUAAAUGAGAAGAAGGAGUUUUUUAAGGAAACUCUGGAUAAAAUUAACACCAUUGAUGAGAAGUACGACAUUGCUGUGAGUGCCGGGUCCGCUCAUUACGCACUUCGUUUGGACUCACCUUUCGUGUUUAUCGAGGGGGACCCCUUAGUGGAGGCCCUAAAAAGGGGGCAGCUCGGGGGAGGCGUUAAGCAACUAGGGCAAAGGGGUGAGGAUCGCCGUGGAGCAGUUAAGCAGGGGCGAAAGGGUGAGGAGGGCCGUGGAGCGCGGGCCCCCCAAUUUAGGACCUUCUUGUACAACGCCAAAAUUAUCGAGUGCGACCAAACUCUCAUCGGGGACAGGGAGUUUAUUUUUUCAGAAGCCAACACGAGCAACCUAAAGGUUAACACGCUCAUCAACGAGGGGAAGCGCAUAAGACAGGCGCUGUACGAAUAUAAGGAGAGCUGCGGAGUGGAAAGCGAGGUGCAAAAUAAUCAGGAUGACAUCCCACCCAACGGGAGAAGCCUAAGCGGCAGUGUAAAACGUACAACAACAACACCCCCCCCAUGUGGGAAGGACGAAGUGACCUACGAAAGUGUGGGCGUACUUCCAUACAGUGACAUCAUCAUGGUGCAAAAGAGCGAAUUCAACAAGAAGAGUUACGUGGCUGCUUUUUUAACCCCAUUUGUACUCAACGGAAACGUGAAGGGGUUCAUUGAAAAGGUACAGCCCUACAUGGCUUACCAAUUUGAUUCCAAUUUGAUAUUAGGAAAUCUGUGUAAACUGAUUAAGCUCAUGUGUCAUCUGGAAGAGAAAAACAUCCUGCACGGAAACAUCAAGCCUACCAACCUCUUCAUAGACAACAGUGGAUUCAACAUCCUCCUCGGCAACUUUGUUCCGAAGGUAAAACUCACAAAUUAUUUUCAUUACGUUAUUAAUGGGAGAAGAGGACUGCCAAGAUAUAUUUCGCCUGAACUUUUUUCCUACUUGAGGAAAAAAAAGAACAUGGUGAAAAAUGGAGGCAAGAAAAAUAAGCACAUUGAGAGGUACCUCGUGAAGAAUGACAUUUUUUGUUUAGGCCUCUGCUUCUACUACAUCGUGACGAUGAAGGAGGACAUCCUGAACCAUGUUGAUGAUCCGCACGCCUUUCAACAUAAGGUGCACGGGCUGCAGGCGUGCGUCUCUCGCCCGGAUGUCUUUCUGCUUUUGCGCAGCAUGCUCACCUAUGACCAUCGCCAGCGGCCCACCUGGGAGGCGCUGCUGGCCGCGGUAAGGGGUGAGGGGUACAAAACCACGCGGUAG